UUGAUAAGAAAUUGCAUAUAAUAGACACGUUUAUCAUGUUUGUUCUAUUUGCAAGCACAUGAGACUAAAAUUGUUAGAAAUGAAAGGCUUAACGUUAUUUGUACUGUGUGUAUUUGCGUUUUCGGUAAACUAUGGGGCUGCAAAUGAAAAGCGCGUCGUCUGCUACUAUGGGUCAUGGGCCACCUACAGGAACAGUUUUGGCAAAUUCGAUGUUAGCGACAUAAACACUGAGUUAUGUACUCACAUCGUGUAUACCUUCCUGGGUAUAAAUACAAAGGGAGAAGUCAUUUCCUUAGACCCUUACUUGGAUUAUCCUGACAAUUGGGGCAAAGAUAACUUACGGAAGUUUAGUGCACUAAAGCAGCAAAAUCCUAACGUGAAAACUUUACUCGCUGUUGGUGGAUGGAACGAAGGUUCAGCUAAAUAUUCCGUGAUGGCUAAGAAGCCAACUCUACGUAGAAAAUUCAUCAACACAGCCCUUGAAAUGGUCCGUAAAUAUAACUUCGAUGGCUUAGACAUUGACUGGGAGUACCCCAACCGCUACGACUCUGUGUAUGGGCCAGCUGACGUCGACAACUUUUCCAAACUCUUGAAGGAACUGCGAAAAGAAUUUGAUAAAUAUGGACUGUUGUUAACUGCCGCUGUAUCUCCUGUUAAGAAAGUUGCUUCAUUGUCUUAUGAUAUACCGGUUAUAAGCCAAUAUUUAGAUUUCAUAAAUGUAAUGGCAUACGACAUGUAUGUAGCCAGUGAUAAUGAAACAGGACAUAACGCUCCUCUGCACAAAAGCAAAGAGGAUGACGAUAUACCAUUAGAAGAUCUAAAUACUGUUGACGGUGUUUUGGAAUAUUGGCUAGGUCAAGGAUGUCCACCAGAGAAGCUUGUGCUGGGUGUGCCACUAUACGGCCAUACGUUCAACCUAAAAGAUGCAAGUGAUAAUGGUGUUCGAGCACCUUCAAGUGGGCCUGGUAUUGCAGGUCCUUAUACCAAUACACAAGGCACGAUCGGGUAUAAUGAACUGUGCCAGAAAUUUGAUGCAGAAACUUGGAAUCUACUUUAUGAUGAUUCAGCCAAAGUACCUUAUGCUGUCCAAGGUCGAAACUGGGUCUCAUACGACGAUGCCAAUUCUUUAGCUGACAAAGUUAAAUAUGCCCUUAAGUACAACGUCACUGGUAUUAUGGCUUGGAGUAUAGAGACUGAUGAUUUUCGAGGGUUAUGUGAAGAUGAAGAUUAUCCUCUGCUGAGGAGUAUUAAUAGAGCUUUGGGAAGAUCAGUCGAUGUCCCUAGUACUACACCUACUGCUCCACCGACUAAUACAACACCUUCUAUUUGUGAAGGAGAGGGUUUUCAAGCAAAUCCUGAAGACUGUUCGUCAUUUAUCUAUUGCAUUCGCGAUUCGAGUGGUAACUUAGUGCCAAAAUUACUCCACUGUCCUAGUGAUCUCUUGUGGGAUCAGACAAAUCAGCUCUGUAACCACCCUGACCAAGUUGAUUGUCCAUUGGAUUAAAUGGUGUGUUUUGAAAAGUAUGAAGCAAUGCCGUGUCUUCAAGGUUAUGUAAUGUUAUCUUAGGAAAUAUAGUUUUUUACCGCAA